CAGUUCAAGGACAAGAAGAGUUGAAGAACAAAGUUUGCUUUUCUGCUGUUCUUUCCCAUUGUAUGGAUACAAAUGUCUACCUCAAAAUUAAAGUGCGACUUGUUAAAUUUCCUACCGUGAACAAGACUGUAAAAUGAGCUCCAGUGUGGACAGAGAUGACAAUAGCAUAUUUGAUGGAUUAAUGGAAGAAGAUGACAAGGACAAAGCAAAGAGAGUUUCCAGAAACAAAUCUGAAAAAAGGCGAAGAGAUCAGUUUAAUGUUCUCAUUAAAGAACUUGGUUCCAUGCUUCCUGGAAAUACUCGGAAGAUGGAUAAAUCAACAAUACUGCAGAAGAGUAUAGACUUUUUGCGGAAGCACAAAGAAAUUGCUGCACAGUCUGAAUCUAGUGAAAUACGACAAGACUGGAAGCCCCCAUUCCUUAGCAAUGAAGAGUUUACACAGUUAAUGCUAGAGGCACUAGAUGGAUUCUUUCUAGCAAUAAUGACGGAUGGGAAUAUAAUAUAUGUUUCAGAAAGUGUUACUUCCUUACUUGAACAUUUACCUUCCGACCUCUUGGAUCAGAAUUUGUUAAAUUUUCUACCAGUUGGGGAGCAGUCAGAGGUAUACAAAGUACUCUCUUCUCAAAUGCUUGAAGGAGAGACUCUAACUCCGGAAUACCUAAAAACUAAAAAUCAACUAGAAUUUUGUUGCCAUAUGCUAAGAGGAACAAUUGAUCCCAAGGAACCUCCAGUUUAUGAAUAUGUUAAGUUUAUAGGAAAUUUCAAAUCACUGAAUAACGUGCCUACUUCAACACGGAAUGGUUUUGAAGGAGUAAUACAAAGGUCAUUAAGGCCUUCAUUUGAAGACAGAAUCUGCUUUAUAGCCACCGUUAGGCUAGCCAAACCUCAGUUUAUUAAGGAAAUGUGCACUGUGGAAGAACCUAAUGAAGAAUUCACCUCAAGACACAGUCUAGAGUGGAAAUUUUUAUUCUUGGACCAUCGGGCACCCCCUAUAAUAGGUUAUCUACCAUUUGAAGUUCUUGGUACAUCUGGUUAUGAUUACUACCAUGUGGAUGACCUGGAAACACUUGCAAAAUGCCAUGAACAUUUGAUGCAAUAUGGCAAGGGGAAAUCCUGCUACUACAGAUUCCUGACCAAAGGACAGCAAUGGAUUUGGCUUCAGACCCACUACUACAUUACUUACCAUCAGUGGAACUCUAGGCCAGAAUUUAUUGUUUGCACACACACUGUAGUAAGUUAUGCUGAAGUAAGAGCAGAGAGACGACGGGACCUAGGUAUUGAAGAAUCACUACCGGAAGUAACAGUGGAUAAGUCUCAGGACUCUGGUUCAGACAGCCAGCUGAAUACUGUUAGUUUAAAGGAGGCUCUGGAAAGGUUUGAUCACAGCAGGACUCCCUCACCCUCAUCAAGGAGCUCAAGGAAGUCUUCAUCCCACACAGCAGUAUCAGAAUCAACUUCAACUCCCAAAAAACUACAGAUAGACACUGGAACACCACCUCGGCAAUCUGUGGCUUCAGCUAUUGAGAUGAAUUCACAGAGAAGAUCUUCAGUGAGUAGUCAAGUGAGUAUGCACUCAAUGAGCUCACAGAACACAAGUCAGGCUAUCACUCCCUCAAUGAUAUCUCAGCAGUCACAAACUUUGCAAAUACAGCAAAGUAUGCCACAGCCAUCGCUACAGUUCUCAGCUCAGCUUGGAGCAAUGCAGCAUCUCAAAGAUCAGCUAGAACAGCGAACACGGAUGAUUGAGGCAAAUAUUCAGAGACAACAAGAAGAGUUAAGAAAAAUCCAAGAACAGCUCCAGUUGGUUCAAGGACAGGGACUUCAGAUGUUUCUGCAGCAGCCUGGAGGUGGAAUUAACUUUAGCUCUGUACAACUUGCCACUGGAAGUACACCUACACUGCCGCAAGCCACUUCUAUUACAAUGCAAGGACAGGUUGUUCCAGCAAGUCCAGUUCAAGGAGGAGUGAGCAGUGGGCAUAUCAACACGCAUGUCAUACAGCAGCAGUCUCUCCUGAGGGAUCAGACUACUACCUUAACACAGUCUCAACAACAGUCCUUGCGAACAACACACAACCAGCAGACCUCUCUUACCAGCCAAACUCAGAACACACUCCCUCCCUCUCUGUAUAACACUAUGAUGAUCUCACAACCUGGAUCUGCCAAUGUGGUACAGAUUGCAUCUAGUUUAGCCCAGAAUACCAAUCCAAGUGGAGCAGUGGCCACUUUUACUCAGGAUAGACAAAUUCGAUUUCCUCAAGGACAGCAGCUUGUGACCAAAUUGGUAACAACACCAAUGGCCUGUGGUGCAGUCAUGGUACCAACCACUAUGUUCAUGGGUCAGGUGGUGACAGCAUAUCCUACUUUCGCAGCUCAGCAGCAGCAGCAACAGACAAUAUCAAUAACACAGCAACAACAAAACCAGCAGGAACAGCAGCAAAAUGCAGUUCAACAGCCUACCCAAGCACAAGCUCAGCUAUCUCAUCAGCCUCAACAGUUUAUGCCGGCUUCUCGAUUACUUCAUGGCAGUCAGUCUACACAGCUUAUUCUUUCAGCUGCUUUCCCUAUACAGCAACAGGGCACUUUCACCCAAGCCCACCACCAGCAACAGCAGUCACAACCACAAACACAGAAUCUGUCACGACGUAGGACUGACAGCAUGUCUGAUCCUUCCAGUGUGCAGCUUCAGUAACUGCAGUGGAGAUUGCGAAACACCAGGUUACUGCCUUCCUGUCAAAGAAUUGCACUGAAGUCAUAAGUAAUCCAGAAGGCAUAAUAAAAGUUUUGCCUUCAGCUUUUUAAAACGAAACAUUUUUCAAAUUGAAGAAACAAAUGGAAAAAUGUCUACAUGGUGAAUUUCCAUGAUACCUAAGGAAUACUUGAGAAGAGAAAACUUUUUGAUUGCAUUGGAAUUUCCCAGAUUCCUGUAUUCUAAAGAAGAAUGCACUGCCAAGCAUUAGAUAAGUAGAGGUUCUAAUUAAGGAAUUAUAGAAAUGCAGCACUAAUACAAGUUAUCCUUUGACUUAUUUUACAAUUGCAUUUUUUGAUGCAGUUGUUUUGAUUUUAUGCAGUGUUAAAGCAGUAAUGCUGCUGCCUUUAUUUCUGAUAAUUAUGCUUUAGAAGAGUCCAAAGGACAUUUUAUUCAUGUCAGACAAUUAUGGGUCAGAAAAUAUUUUUCAGAAUGUCAUAUGGAUUCAAAUUUAUUGUACAAAGAACUGUAAAAUAAUGUGUAAAUAAUAUGGAUAAAAGGAAAGAGAAAGAAUAUUUUAUAUGACGCAUGGAAAUGUAAUCUGUUAUUUGUAGGAUUGAAAAUAUAUAUAUUAUAUUUUUGUUCUAGCAUUCUGGAAAGAAGCUAAAGCUAAUAUUUUCAUCAACUUCUUUCACUUCAGAUGUAUUACAUCUGUAUAACUUUGGCACUUUGUGCUUUCAGGUCUGUGGUGUCACAGUUUGUUUAAUACAGUAGGUUUGUAUUUUAGUAGAACUUUUGUUUUGUGAAUUUAAGAUUAUUUCUGAUAAAUUGUGUUCCAGAGGUACACAAUAAGAUAUGUAUCUAAAAUUUUAAAUUAAAUGUAAUGUGACUAAGUCACAUUUUAAUAUGUAAAUAGAGAUUGAAGAUCUUGCAUGCAUAUACAUUUAUUAAUCAGUGCCAAGAAGUAAAUAUUGUCCUUAGCUUUCUAUUAGUUUUUUAAAUUUCCAAAAUUUAUAUAAGAGUCUUAAUAUCUUAAAAAAGGAAGCUAGUAAAAAAAAAUAACAUUAAUACCUUCAAAAUGUUACAAAUUUGCACACUACAGAUACAUAUUAAUCUUUUAUCCUUAACAUUAAUAAUAUACAGGUAGACCAUAGUGGCUUACGUAAGUAUAGUUAAGAGCUUUAGAAAUUUAAUUUAAUUUAUGGUAGAUUAUCUGUCCAAGUUUCGUCUUCCACCAACCAAGUACACGCACAAUCUCCAGAUUAUUCUUGGCACUGUUGUUUCAGUUCGACUUUGUCUCCUUAUUUAUUUAUUUAAAUUUCCUGUCUUUUCUGUGUGUUUAGUAUCCCAAUCAAGUUCAGUGUUUGUUUACUAGCUGAUGGUUGUCUAAGCUGCAGCUGCUUAAUAAAAUGUAGGUAUGAUUCCUUUACUUGGAUAUACAAGUUUAAAGCCUCCUUAGAGGAUGGAUGUAAGUGGAAAGGAUUACAAUAGUGUCUUGGAAAGACUUUUGAAAUGUAACAUUGUGUUAAAUGGAACAGAAAAUCAUUUGGUGUUUACUUGCAUAAUCAUGUUCUGAUCGAACUUCCACACACAUUGUGAAAUGUUGGUUUGCACAAUUUAACAUAUCAGGUGAAUUAAUUUGCUAAAAUUCACAAACUUUUGACAUAUUACUUGGUUUUGCAAUAAAAAGACUGGUGAAUGUCAUGGCAUAGCAAAACACAACUUGUUAUUGAAGUGUAGGACCAUGUUUACUAGUAUUAUGAAAUAUUAAGGUUCGAAAAUGGCAGUUUUAAUCCAGAAAAUUUCCAAAGUGAGCAAUUUCCAACAAAAAGUAAUUGUGGUUACAAACUGCAUUAAAAAUAGUAUUGCUAAGACUGUAGUUCAGUUUAUGUGUAUGUCUGCAUUGUGGACAAUAAAGAACCCAGGACUGUACUUUUUUAUUAUUUAAAUAAAACAGGGGGAUUAAACUUUGUCCUGGCUAAAUCCUGUUAAUACAGGAUUAAAAAUAUAGAAUGUAUCAAAACAUUGAGUCUGCUGAAUUAUCAGGCUUUCUUUGAUUAUCUCAGUUCUCAAAUUGUCAUUUAUAGUACUCUGCUGUUAAGCCCUGAAAGUUAAAUGAUUCCAUGCUGCUAGUAAUUGGAAAUUCAGGCUGUAUUUUUGCAUGUAUGUUCAACAUAUUACAGCCGAGAUGUCUGGAACCCACAAUUCUUGAAGCUAUAUUUCAAAUACUUAAUAAAAAAAUAAUUAUGAGCUGGCAGAUGUUUUUUUCUUAAGCACUUGUUUUAGAUGAUAGUAGAUUUUUACCUGGAUUUGACUUAGAACUUGAAGAUAGAUAGCUCUUUUGCUUUGAGAAUUAAGUCUAUUUGUUUUGUCUAACUGGAUGGAAUGUUCCUGACUGUACCAUUAAAAUUGGUGCGUUUUUGGGAGAAAAGUCGUUUGUCCUAAUUCUCCAGCUUAAGAACAGUUGCUCUGAGGCCCCGAUUCUUUGUUAGUCAUUGUCAGACAAGACAUGCAAGCCAUUUGCAGUUGACUGCUUGCAUACAUGUCAAAAUGUGUUUGACUCAAACAAUGUGCAUCUUUUAGAAGACCAAAGUGACAAAACUGUUGCAGCAUUAAUUGAUUUUUCCCCACAAGUACUAACAAGGUCACAAAAAUAGCAGAAGUUUUAAAACACUGUACAGUGCCCCAUGGCAAAUUUUGUAGGCCACACUGAUGCCUGCUGAUUGGAGGGGAUUUUGAAAAUAGCCCUAGAAAAGUUAUGGUCACCUAUGCGCCUAUGGGGCAAGCAUGAGGGCUUCCUCCCAAACAUCUAAAAGCUAUAUACCCAUCUAUCACUCUGUGAGUGCUCUUUCUUUGGGAUAUGUGGUUCCAGUUGCUUAAUGACACUCUCUUUAUAGUGUAUGCAACAUUAUAGUUCUAUUUCAUAAAUUCAGCUUUUGAAUGUAAUGUACAUGUUUGUGUAAUAUUCACUAACACAUAGAAUCUCAGUUAACAUUAAAUAAGAAAAAAGCAGCUAAAAUACAGUGUGACCCCCUAGGAUCAAAAUAGAAACUAACAGAUGAAGUAGACAAGAAAAUUAAUAAAUAUAAUAGAUAGAUAGAUAGAUACUGUAUUAAUCCCAAGGGGAAAUUCACAUAUACGUCUUGUCAAAAGUUUUAGAACACCUACGUUUUUGCAGUUUUUAUGGAAAUGCAUUCAGUUUAAUGUUUCAUUAAAUCAAGACAUAGAACAAGUAAACAGUGGCAAAAAAAUAAUUCAAGGAAUCAUUAAGUGUACAAAAUUUUAUUCAAACUUUUGAUUUAUCAAAAUAUAUGUGUCAUUCUUUCUAUAAGGGAAAUCAGAAAUUGGUUAGAAAGAUCUUCCAAACACUGUUGCAGACGUUCCCACAAAGGUGUUGCACUUGCAGGUUUUAUUUCUUUCACUCUUCUGUCCAAUUCAUCCCAAACUAACUCAAUGGGUUUAAGUCUGGAGACUGUGCUGACCAUGCUGUUUUGAAGUGUACCUUCUUGUUCUUUUCUUUUAACGUAGUUCUGACAUAGCCUGGAGGUAUGAUUUGAGUCAUUGUCUUCCUUUAGGAUGAACCCAUGACCUUCUAGAUGCAGACCAGAAGGUAUUGCGUGGUGCUGCAAAAUGCUGUGGUAACCCAUUUGAUUCAGUAUACCACUCACUCUGUGCAAGUCACCAAAUCUGCCUCCAGUUAUAGAACCUCAGCCAAUCACACUUCCUCCUCUAUGUUUAACAGUUGGUGUCACACACUGAGGAACCAUCCUUUCAGGCAUACAAACACUGAAGAUUUAAACUUUUGAUUCAUCUGUCCAUAAGACAGUUAAUUUCUUAAGUCUUCAGUAGUUCUCAGUAGUAUUUCAUGUAGCUCAAGCAAGUCUCACUUUCUUAUUUUGCCCUUUAAUAAAAAUGGUUUUCUUACUGCCACUUGCCAAUGUCAAACCUGCACCACAAAGUCUCCUCUUCAGUAGAAACUGAAAUUUGCUUUUUUUCGAACAUAGUUAAGCUGUGCUUGAAGCUCUUGUGCUAUGAGGUGCCAUCACUUGAGCUGGUGACCCUUAGAAACUUGUCUUCUGAUUGGGUUUUGACUUUGGGUCUGCCGGAUCCCUUCCUAUCAGAGUUUCUUCCAGUUUCCAAUUGUUUUGUGUAGGACACCGUACUCACUGACACUUUGAUUUGUAUUUGUUUAUUUUUUUAUAAAUUGUAUUUUUUUUUGCAAUUUCUCUAAAUGAAAGGCCUACACUUCUAAGGGUAAUAAUGCUCUGUCUUGUUUCAUUUGUCAGUUGCUAUUUUCUUGCCAUUAUCACUGGAAUUUACAACUUUCUGCAGUGUCCAAAUAGUAGUACAGUGGAUGUAGGAACGCAGUCUGUUCCAACUCUGCUUUAAGACAGCAUUAGGGUUUUUAAGUAAUCAACAGAAUUUGGGACACCUGUGCAAAUUGUUUGCUUCAACUUGCAAGGCUUAAUUUAUUUAAAUUGUCACAGAACAUCUGUAGGUUGUAACCUAUUAGUUGUUCCCUAAAGAAGGCCCAUUUGUAAUACAUAUUCUGAAAUUUCCUUUUUUCAGUUUUUGUGUACUGUGGGGAACAGCCCAGACACACACACACGUUUAUUAUACAUUUCUUAUUUAUAGUUCGUGCAUCAACCCAGUGCCGCAGCACCAAUCACCCCUUAGUCCUUGGCCACACAACACAAUGCCUUCUAGUCUCUGGUCCGCCUCCACUCCUCUCCUCUGAGCUCCGUCCUUCUUCCACCCGACUCUUGCCAUUGACUGGAAGGAGGCGGCCCCUUUUAUACACCCUGGAUGGACUCCAGGUGCAUCCUGAGGAGCUUCUGUAACCACACCCCUGUGUGGCGGAAGCUCUGGCGGUGUAUCCGGAAGUCCUCCGGGUGUCCCCAAUCCUCUUCCCCCCAGCACUUCCGGGUGUGGCGGAAGUGCUGAGGUCCAGGGCUCCCAAGGCAUUGGGGCGCUCCCUGGCGGUGACCACGGGCCCCUACAGGGUUGAGCUUCCAAGCUUUGUACCCGUGGCCCCCAAAGCAACCAGGGCGGGCGCCCCCCUCGUGUUCUGGAGGAGGCACAAGCCCUCUUCCUGUCCUCCUGGGCAUCCCUGCCGGGCAUGAACCCCAGCCGGGUACCACAGUACCUAAACUUUAAAUUUAAACCUCUGUCAGUUUACUGCUUACGUUUUCACCAUUUUAGGUCAUAUACUACAAUUCAACUGAUUAAUUUAGAAGAAAAACUGAAAAAAAAACUGUGGUGUUCUAAAACUUUAGACUGCCAGUGUAUAUGCAUAUGCAUUAAUGCAGUAAAAAUGUUUAAAAAAAAUAAACUAGAUUUGCACAUACAUAGCUGUAGAUAUUGCAUACAACUGAUCAAUUGGCGGCACUUUAUAUAGAAUUAAGAUUUAUGUGAGCAAAAUCAUUUAAAAAGCUAUCUACUCUCAUGCUAUUGUACUGUUACAGUAUAUGGUUUAAAAACUGAUAAUUUGGAGACAAGAUUAAGAGGCAAAUGUGUUUGUCUAUUUGUCUAUUUUCUUCCUUCCUUAUUUCUUUAUUCAGACCAACUUUUCAUACUCAUGUGGCAGUUUAUUUAUAUUUAUUUAUUUAUUUAUUUAUUUUUUCUUUAGGUGUUUACCGCAAUUCAAUUUAGAUAGAUAGAUAGAUAGAUAGAUAGAUAGAUAGAUAGAUAGAUAGAUAGAUAGAUAGAUAGAUAGAUAGAUAGAUAGAUAGAUAGAUUUAGUUUGACAAUGUGGUAUGGAGGAUUGCAUUGACACCUGACAAAGCUUACGACCCAAAUUGGUUCAUGGGUAGAGUGCCUUUUGUGUGGAUUUUCUGUGUUUACUUAAUAUUCCUAUGAGUUUCCUUUCAAAAUGAAAAUAUGUGCAGUCAGGAUGACUGGCAUUUCUAAGGCAGUUCUGCUCAGUGGCUUUGCUGCUAAGCUAUUAACUAAGAGGUUGCUGGUGCAGGACUCACAGCUGCACCUUGGUAUCCUGAGUAAAGCACUUGGUCAGUUUAGUUAGUUGUUAAAAAUAUUUAUGUAUGUGUUAACAAUUGUUCUUGAGUUUUGUACCUGAAAAGUGCUUUUUAGAGGUUGAUAUAGAAAGGCACUAUAUAAAAUAAAGUGUGCUUGUUGGUUGUAUAAGUGUGUUGUGUGAUGGACUGGUUUGUUGGUUAAACCCAUUCCUACCGUGAUGGGUUCUAUCAGUGGUAUGACCUGUGUAAAUGUUGUAUUAGAAAUUAUAUUGUGUAUAUUAACAUUAUACUUGUAGAUGCGUAAUGAUUAAUGAAUAUAGCGGAAAUACUACAUGUGUUUCAUCACAGUUUGAUCAAUGCAAAUGGCAAAAGCAAAUUUAGAAAACCAAUGCACACUUUUGAACCAAAGAUUAUAUUUAUAAAGAUUUACUCUGUAGAUUUUUCUACAAUAUAUAUCAUUUUAACUCUAAAUGUCUUGACUAAGUAUAGAAAAAGUAAUGUGUUAAUACAAUCAUAAUUGAAUCUCCUUGUUAUAGAUCAGUUUGCAAUUAAAACGAGCAGAACGUUGUCAUCAAAGUAAAACUGAAUAGUCAUAUACUGUGGUAAUAAAUAAACUGAACAAUUAACUAUCAAAUUAUAGAUACCUCUCAGUUUUCUUGUCUGUUUAUAAUCAUAUUGCACCAAAAUUGAUAUUAUACUACAUUAAGCAAAUAGCUGUACCCAGAUAAACAGGAGUAUAAAUAUACAGUUUUAUAGAUAGUAUAUAUUCCAAGUGUUGACAGUUUUGUUAAAAGAAGAUUGGCCCAUAAUGUUGAGGUAUUUACUAAUUUGAAGCCAGAUUUGAGAGCUUUUUUAAUGCAAUUAUAUUGCAUGGGAAUUUUGAUGAAAUUAGAUAUUACUGUUGUGGUAAUAUAAUUAUGUUAGGAACAUUUAUCUUUUUGUGUAUUUCACCCCAGGGAGGUCAUAAAACAUGUCAGCUGUCAAUUUAUGACAACCGCAUAAGCCUUUGCUUUUACCUUUUUGAUAUACAUUUCUACUAUCUGUAUUUUGUACAGUACCUUUCAUGUUGAAAACAUUUCCAAAGUGGUUUAAAUGUAAAUGUCGUUUAUUUAUUAUUAUCUAUUAUCCCUAGACAGGUUUCAGAACUCCAUAUGUUCUUAAACUUUGCUUAAUUUCCAUGAAGGACUUACAAAAUGAAAUGAGCUGUAAGUACAGUUACAUGACACAACUUCAGAAACACCCACAUACUGAUGAUUUUGAAAGUACAAUGCAAUGUUUUUCAUCUGCUGUUAGCUAACAUUGUUAGUAUAGGGUUACCAUUUGAACAUUUUCAGUAGUGCAUACUGUUAUUAUUAUAUGAGUUGGAGUUUGACUCUGCUCAUGAACUUGACCUUUUAUAAUUAAAAAAACAGCAAGAAAAUGUAACCUUCAAAGACUUCUCAAAUUUUUACUGGAAUGUCACAGUGACUUGUAACUUUUGGCCAAAGCACUCUAAACGCUUUACAAGAAUGCAAGAAAACAAGUCUAAAAACAUUUUAACACAGUACGUUUCAGAAGCAGGCCUUUUUGUUUAUUAUUAUUAUUAUUAUUGUCAGGGCAUCCAUCUAAGAUAGUAUUCCAACAAAAAAGGGACAAAAUAUAGUUGACUCAAGAAGAGGAUAUUUUAAAACUAAAGGCAUUGACCAAUAAUAAAUCAUAAUUAUUAAAAAAAACCUACAGAGGUUUUUCACUUUAUAUGACUAUUUUUGCACAGCUUUAAAAAUUAAUUUGGAGAACUGCAAAUAUCAGCAAUGUGUGAUGUGUUGGUCUUUUUCUUUUACUUCAGCAAAUAGAAAUAAAAUGACUAAUCUUAAAAUAGUGCAGUAAUCAUAUCAUUUAAGGAAGUAAACAUUGCUGCUCUGUUUAAUCUUGCAUUAGGCACUCUAAAGCCUAUUCAUUUGCUUUUUUUGCUAUUAAAUGAUUAUUUAAGUUACCAGCUAAUAAAAGCUGUUGGGUGGCUGCUGUUCUCCCUGCACUGAUAAAGUAUAUAUUCCAGCAACAAAAUGUGCACAAUUAUUAGGUAAGUCAGUUUUCUGACAUUGUCAUUAUUCCCAUGUACUUUUUACAACUUUAAACCAUAUAUGUAUAUAUUCCAUAUGGUUAUUAGAUGUAAUCAUUUCUAGGUGAUGUGUAAUUGUAUAAUGGAGGGAGUGAUUUACACCUUAUAUUAAGGUGUGCAUAAUUAUUAGGCACCUUUGUUACAUCAGGUAAAAUAAGCCAACAAAGAAAUUUAACUGCUAUAAUAAAAGUGAACAAUUGAAAAAUGCAUUUCACAUUUAUGAAGCAUGCUAGAAAUUGCUAAUCUAUUAAGGUGUAACCACUAGGAAAUCAAAUGUUUUGUUGUGAAUAGUCAGCAGCAUCACAAAAAAUGUGUGGAGAAGAAAAGUCAAAAAUUAACUGCAAAAGACUUGAGAUGAAUUAAGCAUGAUAUAACCAGGAAAUCUUUAGCCUCCAUUGGCAUCAUAUUCCAGAAAAGCAACCUACUUAGAGUGUCCAGAAGUACAAGGAAUCAAGGGCUGAGAGACAUGGCUAAGGUAAUAAGCCUGAAAUACAGCCACCACUGAAUAAGAUUCAUACGUUAUGACAUCAAGGUUGGGCCAGGAAAAUACCUAAAGACUGUUUUUUUUCCCCAAAGAUUUUAUGGACAUAUGGAAUGAGAGUAAUUCUUGAUGGACCUGACAGGUGGGCCCAUCAAAGGACAGCAAGCACCAGUUUGAGUCAGCAGCCAGCAAAGUGGGGGGUGAAGUACUGGUGUGGGCUGCUAUCAUUAACGAUGAACUAGUAGGCCUCUUUUGGGUUGAAGAUGUACUGAAAAUCAACUCCCAGUCCUACUGCCAGUUUCUGGAAGAUGUUUUCUUCAAAUAAGUAGUACAGGAGGAAAUCAGUGGCAUUCAAGGAGACCAAUAUCUUUAUGCAGAACUUUGCUCCAUUGCAUGCAUCCAAGUACUGUGCUGCUUGGCCAGCCAGUAAAGGCCCCAGAGAUAACCAGGUAACUACCUGACCACCUUCUCCACCUAAUGAGAACAUGUGGGCCCUUCUCAAAUGUGAGAUUCAGAAUGAGGGAUGAAAAUAUACCAUUUUAAAUAGCAUUUGGGAGAAUCUGGUUGCUGCUUUUUGAACAGAUCAAGAAACUGACAAACUCAAUUAAUUGGAGGCACAUGGCAAUUACUGAAAAGAAGGGUGGCUAUAUUGAUCAUUGAAUAUUUUUCAAAGACCGAAAAUGUUAUGUGUUAAUUGUAAUAUGUAAGUUUAUAUUACUUAUUUGUUGUACUUGCAUCAAAACUUGAGAACAAACAAGGGAGUGAGGGGAAAAAAUGUAAUUUAGUUGCCUAAUAAUUGCACAUACUACAAACCAAAUAUUUAGGUUUAAUAUAAAAUUUUGGAUUGACAGAAUGUUAAAUUAAUCCUGGGGAAUGCCAUUUACCUAAUAAUUGUGCAUGUAGUGUAAAGACUCCAGUAUCCUGCUCGUUCUGAAUUACCUUUCAGAAGAUGUAGGUCUGCACUUUUCCUGAUAAACUGACCCUAGUGUACUAGGAAAACUUUCAAAGAUAUAGGAUGGACUUUUUUCGAAAAUGCCUUUUAUUCUUGGAUUAUACCUAAACUUAACAAACAGCAAUUUAUGUGUAAAAAUAAUGUCCAUUUUGAGCGCAAGUGCAGAGGUGACCAUAGCUCUUCUCGGGCUGUUUGUUUUUUGCUAAUUUGUAAGUUCUUAAAAGGCCAUGGCACCACUCUGAAGACUGUUAAAACUGUGAUGUGUGUAACUUUAAUUGACAAGGAUACUGUAAAUAUUGGUAAGGGUACUUCUUUGUAGAACUUUGACUUGUUCCAAAUCUUAAGGUCCUUCAGUGCUGUUUUGUUAAAAUGUUAUAUGUGAGGAAGCUUGUUUUUUUUUUUUUUUUUGUUAAUGGAAAUGAAAAAAAAUAUUUGGAGUAAUUUAGAUUAAUACUAGGUUGGGCUUUUUUGUCACUUGAGUUUUUGCUUACUUCUCUAAAGCUUUGAUGGAAGUGAAGGCACAUUUGUCAAGUUGGUAUUGAUGAAGAAAAACAGCCAAUGAACAGUAGUGAUAGAAAACAAUUACAGUCUAAAUAUCAUGAGUUUAACUCAUUUAAAAAUGCUUUUUUUUCUCCUUUUUUUAACCAAAGGGUGCUUUACAAUGUUUGUGGAAGUGGUUAUCCUGUUGAGCCCAUGUUCAGAUUUGAUGGUUGUAAAGUUAGGUAAUUUGGAAACCGUUACUCGCUCUUGCUUGUUCAAGACAGAUCUACUUAUUUCUGUGAUAUUAAUAGUAAGAAAAUGGUUAAAGGGAAUGAAUAAAGCAAAGUUUUUGUGUAAUUGAACAUAAAAAAGAUGAAUUUAUUCAGUACAUUAAACAAACUGUGACAUGUUUGGUGGUAGAAAAGAGUUUCAUAACUGUUAUAUGAAUGCAAAUGUUAAGAUUAUUCAGAAAAUAAAAAUCAGUCUAUCCUGCCCACACACGCAAAAAAAAACCUGCAGUAUGGACAGGAUGAGAAGUAUUGGGGGGGGGGCUGGUACAUAAUGCACAUUUUUCAGUAUGCCUGUUUUAAUUUAAGGAGCAUUGAAAGUAAUUGAUUAUUUGAUAAUGUUUAUUCCAUUUUAUUAAUUAUAAAUUGUAUAUGAGGUCCAUAUAUGCCACAAAAUAAGAGUAUAAGGAAUAUCCCAAAGGUGUAAUUAAAAGCUUGAUAUAUAUAUAUAUAUAUUUUUUGAUGAAAGUAUAUUGGAGGGAUACAAAAAAGAAAGCUAUUCACUUUAUAUGUUUCAGUAGUUUUAAUGUAAGCACUAGAAGUUUUGAAUGUUUAUCAGUGUUCUUUCUGUAUCAUUUAAUGUAUACAUACUGUUUCUGCAGAACACUUGAACUUAUGGAAUAACAUGUUUGUUUUAUAUAAAUUCAAAAUUUGAAAUUGCUCAUAUUAAACACUGACUUAAUGCAGUGCCCCAGUAAUGCCGUGUUCUAAACUUUCUGUACACUGUGUAGCACCUUUACUGAACAGCUAUACAAUCUUAGUAUCAAAUAUAAGUGCAUUGUAUUUUGAUGGUGCUACAAACACACAGUAGAUACUGUGGUGAAGUGUAAAGGAAAAAAAAAAUUUCCUGACCUAAAUAAAUCUCACUUUACAGAUAAAUGGCAAUUUUAAUGCAAACAGUGGUGUGUUUGCUGCCCUUAUUCAGUUUUGAGAAUAAACAAAUGUAAUAAAA